UCAUGAGUUCAGCCGCGGACGCCGUGUCCCCUCUGAUUGAAACUUCUCUAACUUCGCCCCGUGAGCAACGGCUUCAACGUCGUUGAUCCAUUUCUGCCAUCCAAAUGCUGCGUCUUUGUCUCCUGGAAGGAGUCUUUGUGUUUGUUUGCUGUUUGCUAUUGUCACGAGGCGCCCUGCGAGACGACCAACAUGGACGUUACCGCCGCUGGCAUUGCCUUUAUCCAGAUUUCAACUGAAAUCGUCAAGUGCGUCAACAAAGCUCGCAAACUAUGGCAGGAAAUCAAAGACCUACCUCAAGAGCUCCAAGAUGUGCUCUCGGACUUGGAGAUAUUCGGGUCUAUGUUCGAGGACAUACAAGAACAGCUUGAAGCCGACAGCUCAUCCCUGACCCGCGACGAUGCCCCGAUUCAACGCAGUCUCAAACUCGCAAGGCACGCCUAUGAUGGCCUCAACGACAUGAUCAAGGAUAUGGACCAGAAAAUCAGUUCCAGAAAGGGCUUGAAGAAGAAAGCCGCACUUGUCAAAAUCACAAUGAACAAGGACGCUCUGGAUAAGUACCAGCAAAGGCUAUCCAGAACUGUCAAAUUCCUGCAAUUGUCAAUUCAAUCCUAUCAACUCGCAUUGGCGAGACGAACUCCCAAGCUCAUCUCCAAACAGGUCACGACAGAUUUAAUGACCUAUUUUGACAGCCGCGAGACCACGAAAGCGCCCGCUUACACACACCAAAAAGAUGAAAUUCAAGAUGAAAGCCGCAUACGAAACGAUGUCUCAUUUCCCCGAUCGAAAAUGUUGGUGACCACGAAAAGAGAAUACACCCACUCCAAGUUGGGAAAGUUUGCGUUGGAAUACACAAAAGGCACAGGGGCAUGGCAAGCCUACAUUCAAUGGCCCAACUGGUUGUCACAAUCUGUCUGCGAAGUCGGGUCCAAUCCAACUUUUGGUGGAUGGACGUACAACUUUAGAUCCUACAACAUUGUGCCCUCCAAGUCAGAAAUCAUCACCAGAGUAGAAAAUGGAGACACAGAUGGUGUUUUGGAGCUAUUCAGAACAGGAAAGGCUUCUCCGUUUGACAGGAGCGAGAGUGGAUCGCCUUUGUUGAUUCAGUUUGCCGCCUCAAACGCUCACUAUCGGACUUGCAAGCUCCUCCUCCGCAUGGGACUUGAUGAGUGUUUGAACGAUACAUCGAGUGACGACGCAUUGAUUCUUACAGCUAGGAACUAUGAAGAAGCUAGCAGGAAGGCCAGUUUCAAGACGAACGAGAAACCAGUAAACGAAUACUCACGCAUUGUGGAACUUUUCAACGCAUAUAUGGACGAACCAGAUACCGUCAUGAUAUUGAGGCUCUUCAGGUGUUGGAAUGAAUACUCAUACGGUAAUGACCUAACGUCAUUUCAGCACAAUUUCUUGCCGACGUUGUAUUCUGGUUCGCCACGAUUUCGCUUUGAGGCUUUCCGACUCGGGUCAUUUCACAUGCGAACAGUCGAUGGACCUCUGAGUUUUCUAUCAAAUACGCGACAAGUAACGUUAGAUGACGUUAUCCAGUCGACACGCGAGCAUCUAUCGGUCGUCCAUACGGCAGCUUUGGCACUAGGCAUACGAUGGCCCGACGAAGUGCUAAACCCAUCCGCCACGAAAGGUUUUCCUGUACCGGAAGUGUAUCACGAGACCUGGAGCGAGAUGAUACAAAUGAUAGUGUCAGUGGCUGGACAUGACGACCUUCACAGCAUCGAGAUGGUAACACCCUGGGACGUCCACCAAGUCCCGAUUUGGCGGGGCACACCACUCAUUUCUGUUAUCGGAGGCGCUCUUUGUUAUCUCUCACCAGACAUAGACUUUUCCCGCUGGGAUGCUGUGUUCCAAGGGACAAUUAGGCAAUGGGUUUCGGAUUUGCAGGGUGCUGGAGUGGACUUGACCGAGUACGGGUGUCGAGAAGUUUUGGCCCUCAGAGACGAGGUGAGAGGAGCGUUUGAUGCGGAUGCGAUUGAACUGUCAAGGAAUCAAAUACGACAUGUAAUGGAAAAGGAAAUGUAUCCUUCCAGGGUGCGUAAAGUAUCUCGGGGAGGAUGGAACGACAGCAACUGGAUCCCGAUUCGACUGCUGGGUCUGGAGGUUGGGCCACGCCCAGAGGAUUGGAAUAUUAAAUGGGUGCCAGAGUUUGAGUGGAUGGCACAGCAGUUCUGGAACCUGAUAGAGAAGGAGAGCUUUGUCAUGCCCGGGUCAUGGAUUGAAUGAUCUAUAUAUAUCUGGAUAAAAACAGAUGGGAGUUUCAUGGGACGUGUAAUAUUAGGUAGCUCUGAAUAUUGUCCUAGCGGGAUGGUGGGUACACUCCCCAUAUUGAGGGCAAGUACUACCCCGCGUCGAGGCGGGGAGAGGACCGAGAGCUCCUUCUUCAUCUUGAACCUUACUCAUUAUUAUUACCCUUGGUGAACAGCUCUCCAGGUUGAUCGACCUUGAUAUCACGGACGGCAGGUACCGCCUUGUUUAAAUAAAA